UGUGUGUGUGUGUGUGUGUGUGUGUGUGUGUGAGGGUGAGUGAGUGAUCUCAGUGCUGUGUCUCCGUCCUGGGUGCGCUCUAAUAAUAGAGGGGGCCGCCUUCUCCUUUAAGAGCCUACUUGUUGCAUACUCUACAAAAGAUAUUGUAACAAAAUGGUUAUCAAAGUAUUUCUCGCCUCUUCAUCGGGAUCCACUGCGAUCAAGAAGAAGCAGCAAGAUGUGGUCGGCUUCUUGGAGGCUCUUAAAGUGGACUACACUCAGCUGGACAUCGCCUGCAACGAGGAGAACCGCAUGUGGAUGAGGCAGAAUGUCCCUGAGGAGAAGAAGCCUGCCAACGGCAUCCCCUUGCCCCCCCAGAUCUUCAAUGAAGAGAGCUACUGUGGGGACUAUGAAACAUUCUUCGAUGCUAAGGAAGACAACUCUGUUUAUUCCUUCCUGGGGCUGCCCCCUCCUCCUGGGUCAAAGGAAGCACAACAGGCUGACAAGGCAGACAUUGUGGAGAACGGGACCCAUACUGAGGAAACUAAUGCAGAAGAAAACCUUGAUGACUCAACAGCCCAUGUAGAAGAGGAAGAAGAACAGGAGGAAGAGGAUUUGCAGUCAGAGGAGGAAGAAGAGCUACGACAGCUUGAGGAGCAAGAUCAACAAGGCAGUGAGGAAGAAGAAGAAGACUUGGAAGAAACACAGCAGGAGGAAGAGGCUGAGUAGUUAAAGCCAGGCGAUGGUGAUGAUGUCAACUUACUUCUAUCCAGGAGCCUCCCGUGCCGUCUCUCCCUGACCCCUGACGCUUGACCCCCUCAGCCCCUCAGACCCCUCCACUCUUCCCCAAGGCCACACUGGACCCCACUGGAAAUUGCUGGUCAUGUGCUUGAAGGCACCACCAAAACUAUGUCCUAACCCACAUUUGCCACCCCUUCCCUUCCCUUUUGACUGCAAUUAUGACUUAAUUUUUAUAUUUUGCGUGUAGAGACAUACUGUAGGACUAAUGAAUAUGUUAAACUCAAACAUAUUUCUUAUGUGUUACUUCUAGAAAUUCUAGUUUUAUAACACAAAGAGGCAGCAAAGUUGUCAGAAAAUGCAACCUUGGCUUAGCUUGUGGUCUCUCUGUCAGUGUCCAAGAUUCAUAACUGACUCUCUAGUAAGUGAAUUAUUCUGUUUUUUAAUCUCAGUAGUUUUACCAAUGUCGCGCCUUGAUGACUACAAAACAUCCCUCUAUCAGCUGAAUGUAUAACUACAAACGAAGACUUCUAAUGGCCACAUGUGAAAGAAAUACGCACACACACUGUAAGACUGCAAACUACUCCACCACCACGACAAAUGUCUGCCAAUACUGCUGUCUAAUCAAUGCACUUUGUUGAAUGAAGAGUAAAACAUGUGACUAAGACUUGGAUGCAAUGGAAAAUGCAAUAAAGAGAACUGAUAAAAAACA